UAGCCUUGUAUCUGUUUUAUUGUGUGUGUGUGUAGCCUUGUAUCUGUUUUAUUCUGUGUGUGUGUUUGUGUUCUUCACUGGCUGCGGUGGACUCUCGGACGGUAGGUACGGCGCCUUGUCCGUGGUCUUCAGGCGGGGACGGGGGACGGGCGGAGGGGGCAGCUCCUCAUUCCUGCUGCCGGGUCUGUCUGCAGCGUGCGGGCCGGCUCGUGCUCCGGCUGCUCUCCCCAGACACAGGGCGGGCUUGAGAGGCCGCUUAGGCUCCGGGAGAGGCUCGAUCCGGCCCCGGUUCAUCCUGUGUCAGACGGAGAAGACGGAACAUUGAACAUUAGACCCUGCAGGCCGACAACAGAGCGACCGAACGGUGGACUGAAGUAGCCCUGCCAACGCUCCCGGAAUUAAAGGAGAAUCUCCAGGUUCCUCAUUAGGAUAGAUAGAGGUGACCGAGAAUUUUGAAGAUGCCGAGGGCAACGGUUGGUAACCACAGCCCUCCGCUGCUACUGAGAGUGAUGCUGGCUCUUGUAUCUCUUGUUGCGGCUCUGCUUUCAGUCACCACGUUCUUCCGGAUGGAACUCCUGCACCAUUUGCCAUGGACAAAGGGACCAGUAGACAAUAGUUCAGAUUCAUGCUCGUAUGGUCACUUCCGGCUGGGGGGAAUGAAGGACUGCCUUUCCUGGUUGUCCUGUAAGGUGAUUCAGAAUGAGGUUACUGUGGUGAAGCUGAUUGGUCGAGGUGCUGUCAAGCAGGUAUUCCUUGCACAUUGGCAAGGGCACAAAGUGGCUUUCUCUCAACUUGCUGUCUCCAAAUUUAGCAAUGACUUCUUUCAUGGACUAGAGAUGCUGAAAGGCUUGCAGAGUGUGUAUGUGGUCAAACUGCUGGGAUACUGUGAAGAAGAUCGUACCAUUCUCACAGAGUAUCAUCCAUUCGGAUCGUUAGUCAAUGUCAAUUCUGUUUUGGAACGAGAAGGGCACCGAGUCUUCAAUACGUGGGAAAAUCGAUUUCGUUUGGCCAUUGACUAUGUGAUGUUCCUGCAGUUUCUACACAACAGCCCUCUGGGUCCCCGAGUUAUGUGUGAUUCCAAUGACCUGAGGAAGACCUUGUCCCAGUAUUUAUUAACUACAGACCUGCAUGUGAUAGCUAACGAUUUGGAUGCUUUGCCAUUAGUAAAUCGGAGCGCUGGUGUUUUGGUAAAAUGUGGUGUCCGGCAACUUCAGGGUGACUUUGUGGCCCCAGAGCAGCUUUGGCCAUUUGGCAAUGACCUCCCAUUUUCUGAUGACCUCAUGCCUCCAUAUGAUGAGAGAACAGACGUGUGGAAGAUUCCAGAUGUUACUGAUUUCCUGCUGGGCCAGGUUGAAGGAAGCGAUGUCGUCAGACUCCAUUUGUUUCAAUUGCACCAAGACUGUAAGAGAACUGUGCCACAGCAAAGACCCUCAGCACUGAUGGUUCUACAGAGUUAUAAAGCUGUUUAUACUUCACUUACACAGGAGUCAGAACUGUCUGAUAGUUACAGCAGUGCAUCCCAUGACAUGUAAUUAAUGGUGAGAUUAUGUCCUUACAGUUACCGUAACUUAACUCAAAUAAAAUCUUUUUUAAUAAA